CUGGAGGGUGGCUCUAUGGCCAAGCUGAUUCCAAGGAAUACACCGAUCCCGGUCAUUAAAAAGGACAUAUUUACUACCGUAAUCCACAAUCAGGACAGUGUAAUUACGGCUAUCUACGAGGGCGAGCGAGCAUUUGUGAAGGAUAACCAUUUCCUGGUACAAUUCGAGCUCACUGGCAUUCCGCCUGCUCCACGAGGUGUGCCACAAAUUGAAGUCACUUUUGAGAUAGACGCCAAUGGAAUUUUAAAGGUAUGUUUAAAAUCAUUUUGCUUUCUCGCAUUCGUUGAGGUGCCUGCCUCUUUCAAGGUGUACUCGUUGAAUGAGCACAAUUUUACCUUGGGCCUGGUGAUCACCGACAAAUUUUGUGUUGUUUUAUGCUCAGCUUUUGAUGUAGAGUACCUCGUCAUUUAG